UCGCUCACCGCUCUCCACUUCGUUUUUUCACCGGCGUACUCCACACGGAGUUUAGCCUGGUAAGCUUUCACACUACGGCAAGUGUUAGUUUAGUGAAAGAUACAUAUAUGUUCUGCAGACAUAUAUUGUAAGCCUUGUGUGACUCUGUACCGUUUCUUUCGGGCAGACUGAUGUCGGACCAGCGGGACAAGGCUCACGAAACGCCAAGGCGUUCAUCCUCGUCUUCCUCAGAUAGAAAGAGACCUACCAAGGAUUCCGUGGAUAUUCCUGCAAAGAAAAGGAAGUCUCCCCUGGUCGAGAGAGUCGAGGAAGGUUGUAUUCAGCCACGGCCUGACCGUAGUUCACCGCCGCCAGUGGCGGGUCCCAGCCACGCCAACACAGCAGCUGAGUGUUCGUCCGGAGGUGACGACUUUAACCGACUGACCGCCUUGUUAAGUGACCUAAUUGGAAAACUAGACAAGGAGCCAACGCAGGCUGAUGUGUUGCAGGAAAGCCGUGCAAACUUUAGUGCCUUUCAUAACAUUUCCUCUUCUGAGGAUGAAGCCACUGAAAUUUCGGAAUGCCUGCCUGAUCCAUUGGAUGAACUAGACACGUUCAACUCCUUGCCACCUUCCCGUGACACGGACGAAGCAGAUUUCUGAUUACAAAAGUAAUAGUCCCCAUCGCUCGCUACAUUAGCGAUAUCGGGGACAAAAAAGGCAAGACCUUAAAUUCCUACCUAGAUGGACUAAAUAACAGCCUUAGGCUACUUUCGUCAGCUGUUAAUUAUAUAAAUCAGCUGAGAAAAGAAGUGGUAAGGAUCCACGUUCACGACUCGGCCUUGGUAGACCUUUGCAAAUGGGAGUGCGAGGUAGGAAAAGAUGACCUCUUUCCGUUUGAUGUGACGAAGAAAUGUGAGGAGAUACACAAGACAAGGAAAUUAGGAAGGCCCUCUUUCCAUCCUUACAAGUCCUCUGGAAGGAGGUUUGCUCCAAACAAGCAAACAACGAGACGGCACUAUCAAGUUCCCACUCAUUCUCGACCACGUUACCAGACGAGGCCUUUUUUAGGGCAGAGACAUCCCCAGGGGAAGGGGAUGCACUUACAAAAACCUCCCCAGUAAGCCUCUCCAGGUAUGAUCUCCAGAGCCCUAAAGAAAUUGCAAGAAGAGGAGGCAACAGUACUGAUGGUUUUACCACUGUGGCCAACCCAGUUUUGGUUCCCCAAAGCUCUUCAGUUAUUGGUGACCGA